AUGGCUGGAAGGAAUUAUUGCACAAUCGCUGAUGCUUUAAAGGUUAUGGCUCAUGCGAAUCAGGCGCUGCAGAAUCAGAAUUUGAUGGCAGAUGAGUUCAGACGGCUGAGUAAGUUUCAGAGGAAUAAUCAGCCAACGUUUAAGGGAAUGUGCGACCUAGAAGUAAAGUUUGAGGAGUUGUCUAGGUUUUGCCUGCAUUACAAUGGGGUAGGGGCUAAGGGUCUAAGUGUAUCAAGUUUGAGAGUGGUUUACAUCCAGAGAUCAAGAAAUUCAUCAGAUAGUCGUACUAGAUCUACUCACUAUAAGAGUAUUAGUGAGAAGAAAAGUGGAAACCAAAAUUAUGGAAAACCUUAUGGAGUUCCAAUUGAUAAAAGGAAGUGGAAGGCUUCAUGUGGGAAAGAUAUAGGUCGGAGAGACACUUCUGCUUCUGUCAUAUGUUUUAGUUGUGGAGGUAUGGGUCAUCGUGUUGGUGAAUGCAAGAGUUCUGGUCAAAAAUGUUUCAAGUGUGGGAAGUCAGGACAUUGUAUUGCUGAUUUUAAGAGUAAUAUGCUGACUUGCUUCAAUUGUGGAGAACCAGAUCAUAUUAGUACUCACUUCUAG